CCUUCACAUAUAUAUCAUAAUAAUAAUAAUAAUAGUAAUUAUUAUUAUAAUCAUACUUGUACGAGAUUGAAAUUAAUUACUAAACCUAAUCAUUACCAAAUUCAACUGUGUAUUGGAUUCCAAGUCAUUGGAUUUAUCAAGUAUUUUAAACCAAAAAUCUAAAAUACACAUUGAAAAAGUUCGUGUGUUUAGUUUUUGCCUAAAAUACAUUUUUUUUAGUUUAUAUCAUUCUUAUCAAUUUGAUUCAAUAAACCAAUAUGGCUUCCAAUGAAGAAGAACAUGGUGCAAGUUUUUUAAAAUCGAAUACAAACAAAGUCAAUGAUAAUACAAGUUAUGAAUUGAAAAUCAUGAAUCAAGAUAAAACUAGAGAAAUUAAUCGACGUAGUAAAUUACAAAAGUUUAAGAAAUGGAUAACUAAUUUGGAUAAUUUAUUUGUAACAUUCACUGUAUUAGCUGUUAUCUUAGGCAUGACAAUUGGUUUAAUAGUGAAAAUUUACGCUUCACCAUCACCUAGAACAAUAUAUCUUUUAUCAUUUCCUGGAGAAUUAUUAAUGAAUAUGUUGAAAAUGUUGAUUAUACCGCUGAUUGUUUCCAGUUUAAUAGCAGGUUAG